AGUCAUAAGUUAACGUAUUUACCACUUUGGUCUUCAUUGUUCUCCAUUUCUCAAUUUCCCCAAUUUUCUUCUCAAAUCCACCUCUUUCAAAAAUAUUCUGUGGACUCCGAGACGACAAUCAAAUGAACAAUCACUGACAGGAAUUUUGUGAUUAGCACCAACCGAGAAGUGUCAUCGACGGUCACGAUAAAAAAUGAAUUCCCCGUACCUCGCGGCAAUCCAGAGGAUCCCGGGAUUAUCCCCAGGUGAAAAAUUUCUCGCCCUGAACAAAGCCGCGGCGUCCGUCGUCUCCUCAAAAUUGAAAGACCCCUCAAUCUGCCCUGAGCUUGAGUUGAAGUCCCUUGGCAUUCCAGAGCCCCUGAUUCCCUUGGCACAGGUCGAAGUUGCGAAGGGCCUCCGAGACCCAGAGGGCCUGAUCCAGGCCCUUAGAUCAGAAGAUGAGCUAGUUUUUGAGCGUGCCCUGACUGCAAAAUGGUUUUUCGAUGGCAGCAAUCCCGAGGUCACAAAUCCCCAUUUCUACGGACUCCACAUCUUUCCCCACAUCUCCCUGAACCACCGGAGGAUACUUGUGAAGAAAUUAUCCGUCUCUUUAGCCUACAACGGGGACAAAUCGGGCCUUGCCGAGAGCUUUUACUCGGAAUUGAGCUGGAAGUAUGGUAAAAAAUGCGGGGAACCUCUGUUGAUUGCUUGCAGUGAGGGUUUCAUUCGAAAACUCAUCGUAGAAGAGCGCCAAGUUGCCCUCAGUAUUCGUUUUGUACAAAUUAUUUACCAGCGCCACCCCAAUGUUAUCAUCGAUUAUUUGAAAUUGACCGGCUCAAAGAAGGCAAAACACAGUAUGGUGGACGUCGAUCUUUUUUAUUACUCGGAUUUUUUACCGACGAUGAUGAAAAAAAACAUGAACAGCUUUGUCGAGAUAAUUGAGAUGCAUGGGAGUUCAUGGGAGAUUCAAUUCAGUCGGAAGCGAACCGAGUUAUUCAUGAAACAGGGGAUUGAAGCUCUCGUUCGCAGUCCCAGGGCGUUUCUGCCAAUGAUGCCGUUGAAGGUCACUGGAAAAUUGUCGAGAGAGCAAUUCCGGUUGAUGUUCAGAAAUUUGUUCCCUAAGGAAAUCCACGAAUUCCAAUUUAGGAAGAUGUUUGGCUAUUUGGAGUUCUGUCAGGAAGAGGACAAGAUAGGAAUAUUGCUGGAAACUUUUCGGGAGGUUUAUGGGUCGAAUCUGCUAGAGUCUAAGGACCAGGUAACCCCGGAGGUAAUGAGGGCAUUGCCUGUAGAGGAAAGGGUGAGACAGGCGAGAAGAAAGCUCGAAGUAGAUCAGGACUGGCACCUUGGACAAAACUGGCAACUCAAAAACUCAUGGAGAUGUUAUCUGUUGGUUGACGAGUCCAUUCCUUUGAUCAAAACGCAGAUUGGUCGGAGUUCGAAUGUGAACGACAGGAGGGAUCUGAUGCAGCAGUUGAUCUACACUUGCGCUGUUAAUGAGGAUAAGGGCGCGCUGCUGGAGGUGCUCAAAUACAUCUGCGUCAGGCACAAGAACGAGCAGCCUUGGAUGCUUCUGGAGGUCUUGGCGAUCAUUCCGGAUAAUUUCCAGGUACAGGACCUCACUGUUGACCACUGGGUGCUCCUGGACGAUAUCAUCCAACUGCUCCACAUGAAGAAUCAACUGCAGAGCAGAGUAUACAGUUCCGAGAAUAUUAUCACCACUGGGAUCCAUUUCCGCUUCAUCAAUGAUCUGCCGAUCGAUGAGAAAAUCGAUCUUUUGAUCGAGCUCUACCGCAAUUCUUGGAGACCAACCUGGAAUAUUGUAAAGGAGAAUCCAAACUGCGAGCGAAAAUGUCUGGAGAGCUUUCUAGAGAAGAUCGGGAGAAAAUACCCGGAGAACCACAAGGUCUGGGAGGGAGAGUGGUCUCGGACAAAUAUUACGACGUUCCUCGUGGAGGCAGUCAAUAGUUUCAACACGAGGAAUUCAGAAAACAAGAAAUCAGAGUUGGAAAAUUUGUCUCUAAGGAGCUAUCCCUGGCUGAUACUCGUCCUGGAGAAGAUUCUGAACGACAAGGACGAGCCGCAGUGGGAGAGAACGAGGCUGUCUGGCUUACUGAAGGACACAGACAAGGAUUUGUGGGACGCUAUUGUCUCAGACAAGUCCCUGGAGAACUCCGCCAUUGACAUGCGUUCUAUAAAAAUCAUCGUUCUCCUCAAAAGAAAUCCGAAAGAGAUCUUAGAAAAUUGGGAGAGUUAUUUGAAUAGUGUAUAUGUUAACAUAAACUCAAGGCUUGUUCAAAGAUUCUUGAGAUCCUGUCGGUGGCACCAGGAGUUGCCCAUUAAAUUCUCUGAAAAAACCCUGAGCAGUUUCGAGACUGAGAGAGGUGACGGGAACAUUAUAAUUUUGUCACUUUUGUACGAAGGUGAAUCUUUUGAGCGCUUAAUCACCCCCUUCAUUCCGAAGAAAUCCACAAUCGAUCCCAAGAACGAUGAGAAGACGGACGUCCGCUUAUUGUUUACCAUUCCCAUGGCAUUCAAUCUGGUGAACCCUCCAGUUUCCUUGGACGUUAUCCUGAAGUUUUGCAUCGGAGAUUAUAUUCACUCGAUUAUUAACUGCUUUGCGACUGUAGGUCGACGUGUAUCAGCUGACAAAGUAAUCGCAUUCUGCAGGAAAUUAAUGGAAAAGGGUGUGUCAAUCAAGAAGCACGGGAUUAGAUUGUUUGUCAGGGUCGCGAAGAUUGAUGAAAUAACUGAUAUGUUAAGGGAUCAAUUGAGAAAAGACAAGCACCGAUCAAUUAGGGCCAUCGUUUACAAAUCGAUCCUGGAAUUAUUCGUGAACCAACCCAGUCAGGACAUCUGGGGGAUCCUCGUAGAAGCUGUUAACGAUCUCAGAGGGGACGACGAUUCUAUCAAGUCUUUAGCAACUAUCACAAAGAUUCCUGACGAGUUCCUUGCUGACUAUGUCAAGAUGCUGCUUAGAGCCAUCAGAAGACUGGAAGGGAUGGAAGGAGGACUCAGCAGAGAGCAGGCACUAGCCACGUUCAGUGAUAUCCUCUACUCCAUUAUUAAUGUUGUUGAUGUCUUCCCAGAAGAGCUACAUCACUUCAUUCUGAAGGAAUUUUUCUUCGAUUUGUCGCAACCUCAUUACGCGUUGUCCAAUAGCAUGCAGAAUUAUGUCAUUUGCGGAUACCUGGAGAAGGCUGGGGACAACCUGGGGGAACGUCUGAUAUAUUUUCAAACGUUAUUGGCGGAGGUCAUCGUGAAGUACUGGGAUGCUGAUGGCGACAAGCCAGGAAAAGCGCUCCUCGGGAAUUAUUUCGUUUUUCAGCUGUCUCAUAUAAUUAGGCCACUGAUCUCACCUGUCGCUAAGACCGUUGCGGAUGCCUUAUUCACGACGAUCUUCUCGGUGCUUCGACCACAGCAAGAACCCACGUGCUAUUUAUAUCUGAUCUUUACUUCUGCGUUUGACAAACCAUUGUCUCCCAAGGAUUUUGCUGGGAAAAUCCUUGAGAUUCUGCCUAGUCUCGUCAAUGCACUCUCCAGGGAGUCUCUGCCUCUUAUCGCUAAGGCUCUGUUUUCGUUCAUCGAGUUGAGGAUCAGCCACGGCCAGGGGGAUGUUACGGUGUUGGAGAUUAUGGAGGAAAUAACGGAACUUGGGGAUGUGGACUUCACGAUCAUGGCGUCGAUCAUGCUAGCGUCUUGUUCUCGAUUUACAUGCGAGUCACGAUUUUGGAGAGUUGUGAGGAAACUGCAGAAACAUCGCGAUCCGGCUGUCGUCGCAAAUGUCUACUCCUAUGUGAAUCAACUGGAGCCGAAGUAAUUGAGAGAACUUACCUCAUGGAAAUCUGUUGUACUCAUGGAUCAAUGAACAAACCGCUAUGCACAAUUUUCACAAUAAUUUCUGUCUCCUUACGAGUUGCAGACUUGUGUUUUGAACCUUGAAAAUACAGGACUAACACACACUUUAUUUUUCUAUGUUUGCAAAAAAAUUCUGGUAAAUAUUACGCGGAAAGUAACAUUAGCAUGUAAUUAUGAAAAUUCUAUUGUGAUAAUAAAUCUUGCCUUUCAGAUAUUUAUAAAAUUUUGCGGUCGAGUUUGGCAAAAAAAAAAGUUAAAAUUAUCAUACUUGAUCGGACAA